AAAAAAAAAGAAAUACGAAACGUCAAAGAAAAAAAAACUGUUAAAGUCAGUUGAACGUUAAAAAUGCAAGGAAUUUUGUUUUCUGUCUAAAUAAAUAGUAAAAUUAGUAUUAGUUAGAUUAAGGUGUUUAUUUAUUACUUAAUUUAUGAUAUUACAAUGUAUUAUUUAUUGAAUUAGGAAAAUCCGUUAGCUACAAAUUGAGGUUACAAUUUCGAAAAAGCAAUAAUGAGGAGUAAAGCGAUUAGUAUAAGUAGCGACAGCGAUGAUGAUGUUCCAUUGAAGAUGGUGAGCAUCAUAGGCAGCAAGGAUCCUAACUCCUAUGAGAGUCUACGUCAACGCAGUCCUGAAGCAUGCGAGUUCUGCGAGAGAAUCUCAAAAGAUAGAUAUUCAAGUUUGAUCCACAACGUAAAGCAUAUCAUCAUACCGUUACUGAAGCAGAAUAUAAUACAGUGUACGGUAUGCCUACAUAGUUUCACGAGUGAGGCUGAUUUAUUCUCCCACUCGGUGAAGAAGCAUCCCAAUGUCCCUAUAUCUAAUUUUCUAGUCAAGGAUAGCAAUGUUAGCCAAUUUAAUGAGACAAGCAUCACAAAUGUAAAACAAAUAAAUGGCCGCAGUAAUAAUGUGUAUAAUGAAACCUUAGUACCUGAUAGCGGAGUCCCAAUACAAAGUCGACUGGUCUUCGAGGAAGAUGAUCCGGUCAUCAUACACUGUUCUCAAGUCCUCAAUGAUCUCACAACUGAUUGCAAAGUCAAUAUUGAAGUGUUUAACAUCACUGAUGAUGAUGACUUUACCUCAAGAAGUAUACACUAUAAUGAAUUGAUGAAACCUGGGGUGUAUCGGUGCAAGAAGUGUGCUAAGAGUUUUCCUUUGAGAUUCGAUGCGAUUGUCCAUGAAGCGACGCAUAUUAAAAUAGAAAAUGCUCAAAUCAGUUUGUGUGUGAUUUGCAAACAAUAUCUUGUUGGUGGUACGAAGGUUUUAAGGCACCACUACCUAACAUUUCACAAGGAUUCCAUUGAAGGCGGCUGUGAAAAGACAGACUUGGAUUAUCUACCAAAGUUUUUCGAUGAGAACAUUGAAGGCAAAUGGGUUUUUGGCUCGAAAAUACUCUCGUUAUGCGAUCUAUGUUUCUCGUUUUGUCGUAACAAGUCCACAAUGAAUUAUGAGUUUGUCAAAUCCCUCUGUGAGGUCGGCAAGAGGUAUGAGUGCGAGAAAUGUGGUCUGAAGUACUUUGAAAUUAAACUUGUGAAGAGAUCUGUAAAGAAGAGAAAUGGUUAUGGCCCCCAUUCGCUGAAGAAAAAGAAGAAAACGAAUGAGGAACGUUUAAAAAUUAUUGCUAAUCGAUUUAAAAUGAUGAAACACUAUACUGUUGUUUUAUUUCUUUUAUGGGUUACCUUUUUAUGGUAUAAUAACGACCCGCCCCAGUAGUUCAUUUUAAUGAAA